AUGGGUCUUAACUUGGAGGAACUCUAUGGACCAGAUCUAAGUGAAGAGCAGCCUCCACAGGAGUAUUCGGAGUACCAGGCCAAACAAGGGUUUGGCUGGGCCAAUGCUCUCCCCGAAAAGCAGGGUCUCUAUGACCCCGAAUAUGAAAAAGAUGCCUGUGGUGUCGGUUUCGCUGCUCACAUCAAGGGCAAGCCGAGCCACAAAAUUGUUAGCGAUGCGCGCAACCUGCUGUGCAACAUGACCCACCGUGGAGCCGUUGGCUCGGAUGCGCGAGACGGUGAUGGUGCUGGUGUAAUGACCAGUAUCCCGCACAAGUUCUUCAUCAAGAACUUCGCUCGUGAGGUGGGCGUGGACCUUCCCCCACUCGGCCAAUAUGCUGUUGGCAACUUGUUCUUCAAGCCCGAUGAGGAGGCUCUCAAGCAAUCGACUGCCAGCUUCGAGGAAUUGGCGACCUCGCUCGGUCUGCGUGUGCUAGGCUGGCGUGAGGUUCCCAGCGAUUCGACCAUUCUCGGCCCAGCUGCGCUUUCUCGCGAGCCAAUUAUUAUGCAACCAUUUGUUGUACUCAAGUCUGCAUACGGCGAGGGCAGCAAGCCCGAAAUUACUGAUACCGAUAAGUUCGACGAGCGCACCUUCGAGUUACAGCUCUAUGUUCUGCGAAAGCGUGCCACUCAUGUUAUUGGGCAGGGUAACUGGUUUUAUCUCUGCUCGCUGAGCAACCGCAACAUCGUCUAUAAGGGCCAAUUAUCCCCAGUACAGGUUUAUCAAUAUUACCACGAUCUGGUCAAUGUGGACUACGAGGGCCACUUCGCCUUGGUUCACUCUCGAUUUUCCACCAACACUUUCCCCUCGUGGGACCGCGCCCAACCUCUGCGAUGGGCCGCUCACAACGGUGAAAUUAACACGCUGCGAGGAAAUAAAAAUUGGAUGCGCGCUCGUGAGGGUGUCCUUCGGUCUGAAGUUUUCGGUGAUGAGCUUGACCAGCUUUAUCCCAUUGUUGAAGAAGGUGGCUCGGAUUCCGCCGCAUUUGAUAAUGUUCUCGAACUACUGAUGAUCAACGGUGAUAAUCCAGCCAUGGACCCGUCCAAGUCUGCCUUUUACGAAUGGGCAGCUUGUCAAAUGGAGCCCUGGGAUGGUCCGGCUCUAUUCACUUUCUCGGAUGGCCGCUACUGCGGUGCUAACCUUGAUCGUAACGGUCUGCGUCCCUGCCGUUUCUAUGUUAUGGAUGAUGAUCGUAUCGUCUGCGCCUCGGAAGUUGGCGCCAUCGAUAUCGACCCCGAGCGCGUGGUUCAGAAGGGCCGUCUACAGCCUGGAAAGAUGUUAUUGGUUGACACUCAGGCUGGGCGAAUUAUUGAUGACGCCGAGCUGAAGCAAACCGUCGCGAACCGUCAUGACUUUACCAGCUGGCUGGAUAAGGAGCUCCUGAAGUUGCCUGCUAUUAACAAGCUGCUACUGGACAGCAAUGUCGACCUCUCCUUUGCUCUUGAUGACAACUCCGUGCAGAAUGACCCCCGUCUUCGGGCCUUCGGCUACUCCUUCGAGCAGGUCAGCCUGAUCCUUGGUCCUAUGGGUGCUGAUUCCAAAGAGGCGCUUGGCUCCAUGGGCAACGAUGCUCCCUUGGCUUGUAUUGCCCAGCAACCUCGCCUGCUCUACGAAUAUUUCCGCCAGCUCUUUGCUCAGGUCACCAACCCACCCAUUGACCCAAUUCGUGAAGCUGUAGUUAUGUCUUUGGAUUGCUACGUCGGGCCCCAGGGCAACCUUCUGGAGAUGGACCCCUCGCAAUGUCGCCGUCUGCUGUUGCCAUCUCCCAUUCUGACUAUCCCGGAGUUCAACGCCCUGAAGAAUAUUAAUCGCGCUCACAGCGAUUGGACCGUUCGCACCAUUGACAUCACAUUCGAUAAGAAGAAGGGCACUCCUGGCUACCUGGAUGCACUGGAUGCCAUCUGUGAUGCCACUACCGAAGCCAUUGAGAACGGUGACAAGGUUAUCGUUCUCUCUGACCGAGCUACCUCUGCGGAUCGUGUUCCUAUCUCUGCUUUACUGGCUACUGGUCUAGUUCACCAUCAUCUUGUUCGCAACAAGUGGCGUUCUCUGGCUGCUCUUGUCGUUGAGACUGCUGAGGCUCGUGAGGUGCACCACCACUGUGUACUCUUGGGUUACGGUGCCGAUGCGAUCAACCCUUACCUUGCUCUGGAGUGUAUCCUGAAGAUGAACCGGGAGAACUUGAUCCGAAAGGACCUCCCUGAUGAGAAGGUCAUCGAGAACUACAAGGCCUCUUGCGACGGUGGUAUCCUCAAGGUCAUGAGUAAGAUGGGUAUCUCCACUCUCCAAUCCUACAAGGGUGCCCAGAUUUUCGAAGCCCUCGGUAUUGACGACAGCGUCAUCGACCGCUGCUUCGCCGGCACUGCCAGCCGUAUCCGCGGUAUCACCUUUGACCUGAUCGCCCAAGAUGCGUUUGCCUUCCACGAGCGCGGAUACCCUUCGCGCGACAUCGUCGAGAUCCCUGGUCUUCCCGAAUCCGGCGAGUACCACUGGCGUGAUGGUGGCGAGGCCCACAUCAACGACCCCGUUAGCAUUGCCAACAUGCAAGAUGCUGUGCGCAGCAAGAACGACAAAUCUUACGAGGCCUACGCGAAGGCCGAGCACGAGCAAAUCAAGAACUGCACACUGCGCGGUAUGCUCGAGUUUGACUUUGAGCAGCGCACGCCUAUCCCCAUCGACCAGGUUGAGCCUUGGACCGAGAUUGUGCGCCGCUUCGUGACCGGUGCUAUGUCCUAUGGUUCUAUCUCAAUGGAGUCUCACUCAACCAUAGCCAUUGCCAUGAACCGUCUUGGCGGCAAGUCUAAUACUGGCGAGGGUGGUGAGGACCCGGAGCGCAGCAAGAGAAUGGAGAAUGGCGACACUAUGCGUUCCGCUAUCAAGCAGAUCGCGUCUGGCCGUUUCGGUGUCACAUCGCACUACCUGGCUGACGCCGAUGAGCUGCAGAUCAAGAUGGCCCAGGGUGCCAAGCCUGGUGAGGGUGGUGAACUGCCUGGUCAUAAGGUUGUUGGACCCAUCGCUCAUACUCGCCACUCCACGCCUGGAGUGGGUCUGAUUUCUCCUCCUCCGCAUCACGACAUCUACUCCAUUGAGGAUCUGAAGCAGCUUAUUUACGAUCUCAAGUGUUCGAACCCCCGAGCCCGUGUUUCUGUUAAGUUGGUGUCUGAGGUUGGCGUUGGUAUCGUCGCCUCGGGUGUCGCCAAGGCCAAGGCUGACCAUAUUCUCAUCUCUGGUCACGAUGGCGGUACUGGUGCCUCUCGCUGGACUGGUAUCAAGUAUGCUGGUCUUCCUUGGGAGUUGGGUCUUGCUGAGACCCAUCAGACCCUUGUUCUGAAUGAUCUCCGUGGUCGUGUUGUUGUUCAGACCGACGGUCAAAUCCGAACUGGACGCGACCUGGCGAUGGCAUGUCUUCUUGGAGCUGAGGAAUAUGGUUUCGCAACUACCCCCUUGAUCGCUAUGGGAUGUAUCAUGAUGCGAAAGUGCCACCUCAACACUUGCCCUGUCGGUAUCGCUACUCAGGAUCCUGAGCUACGCAAGAAGUUCAACGGCACACCCGAAAACGUCAUCAACUUUUUCUACUACGUCGCCAAUGAGAUGCGUGCUAUCAUGGCCAAGCUUGGUAUUCGCACCGUCAAUGAGAUGGUUGGACGUGCUGAGCUGCUCAAGGUCCGCGAUGACAUUCGCAACGCCAAGCAGGAGCGCGUUGAUCUCUCUCUCAUUCUCACCCCCGCCCAUUCUCUCCGUCCGGGUGUGGCUACAUACAAUGUUCGCAAGCAGGACCACCGUCUGCACACUCGUCUUGACAACAAGCUCAUUGCUGAGUCCGAGCUUGCCUUGGAGAAGGGCCUCCCUUGCCGAAUUGAGUGUGAUGUUGUCAACACUGAUCGUGCCAUGGGUGCUACUCUGUCAUACCAGAUCAGCAAACACUAUGGCGAGGCUGGUCUGCCCCAGGAUACUAUUCAUGCCAACAUCAAGGGAUCUGCUGGUCAAUCAUUCGGUGCUUACCUUGCCCCCGGUGUAACCCUCGAGCUUGAGGGUGAUGCCAACGAUUACGUUGGUAAGGGUCUAUCUGGUGGCCGUCUGAUCGUCUACCCACCUCGCGGAGCUGCCUUCAAGGCUGAGGAGAACGUCAUCGUCGGUAACACCUGUCUCUACGGUGCUACCCGUGGAACUGUUUACUUCCGUGGUGUCGCUGCCGAGCGCUUCGCCGUCCGUAACUCCGGAGCCACAGCUGUCGUCGAGGGUGUUGGUGACCACGGUUGCGAGUACAUGACUGGCGGUCGUGUACUGAUUCUCGGAUCUACUGGUCGUAACUUUGCUGCCGGUAUGUCCGGCGGUAUCGCUUACAUUCUGGAUAUGAAGCAAGACUUCCACUCAAAGGUCAACCUGGAGAUGGUUGCUGUUUCUGGCAUCGAGGAUCCUAAUGAGAUUGCCUUUGUCCGUGGCCUGAUUGAAGACCACCACCAUUACACUGGAUCCGAGCGAGCUGCGCGUAUCCUUCUCGAUUUCAACCGUGCCCUGCCUCGCUUUGUCAAGGUUCUGCCCGUGGACUACAAGCGUGUUAUGGACGAGGAGGCUGCUAAGGCUGCUGCGGCGAAGAAGGCCGAAUUCUCUCUUCCUCUACAUUCUAGCAAGCCUGCAGAGAAGCCCAAGCCUCAUGCCGAUGAGAAGAAGGCUGAAAUGCUGGAUAUCGAGGAUAGUAUCAGCGAUUCCAAGGCUGAGAAGAAGCGUUCUGCGCUGAUUCUCGACAAGACUCGCGGUUUCAUGAAGUACAGCCGUCGCUCGGAGAAGUAUCGCAACCCGACUACUCGCACUCGCGAUUGGGCUGAAUUGUCCAACCGUCUCAGCGAGGAUGAGCUCAAGUACCAAUCAGCCCGUUGUAUGGACUGCGGUGUUCCCUUCUGCCAGUCCGACACGGGUUGCCCCAUCUCUAACAUCAUUCCCAAGUGGAACGAGCUGGUCUUCCAGAACCAAUGGCAGGAUGCUCUCAACCGGCUGUUAAUGACCAACAACUUCCCCGAGUUCACUGGCCGUGUCUGUCCCGCUCCUUGCGAGGGUGCUUGUGUUUUGGGCAUCAAUGAAGAUCCCGUCGGUAUCAAGUCUAUCGAGUGUGCUAUCAUUGACCGAGGCUUCGAGAUGGGAUGGAUGGUCCCUCAACCUUCCAAGAUUCGCACCGGCAAGACCAUUGCCGUCAUUGGAUCCGGUCCCGCCGGCAUGGCUGCUGCCGAUCAACUCAAUCGUGCCGGACACUCUGUGACCGUCUACGAGCGUGCCGACCGCGUUGGCGGUCUUCUCAUGUACGGUAUUCCCAACAUGAAGCUUGACAAGAAGGUUGUCCAACGCCGUGUCGACCUCAUGGCAGCCGAGGGCAUCAAAUUCGUCACCAGCACUGCCGUCGGCCCGGACAGCGAUGUAUCUCUCCAGUCCCUCCGCUCCUCCAACGACGCCGUGAUCAUCGCCACUGGCGCUACCGUCGCCCGUGACCUCAAGGUUACUGGACGCGAACUCGACGGCGUUCACUUCGCCAUGCAAUUCCUGCACAAGAAUACAAAGUCUCUUCUCGACUCCGAGCUCGCUGAUGGCGAAUACAUCUCCGCAAAGGACAAGCAUGUCGUUGUCAUCGGCGGCGGUGACACCGGUAACGAUUGCAUCGGUACAUCCGUCCGCCACGGCGCUAAAUCAGUCACAAACUUCGAACUCCUCCCUCAACCUCCCCCCCGAGCGAGCCCGUGA